AUGAUGUCCUUACAUCAUUUAUUUGUCCGUGAACACAACCGUCUUGCCGAUAUUCUUAGCGCUGCCCAUCCAGACUGGACCGACGAAGUGGUUUUCCAAGAAGCACGAAGAUUGGUUAUUGCUGAGAUGCAACAUGUCACCUAUAAUGAAUACAUGCCUGUGGUUCUUGGUCCCACCUUGAUGGAAACCUACAACCUGAAUGUCCUCACCCAGGGCUAUACCACAUACAUCGAUAACAUUAACCCGGCUAUUCGUAAUGGUUUUGCCUCAGCUGGAAUUAUCUACAGCCAUUCGGGUCUUCGAAGUGUGGCCACCAUUGGAGACUCACAGAAUCCACUCAGCUCCCUUUUCUACAACUCUGAUGUUUUUUACAAUGGCGUUGAUGCACCAACUCUUGUGUUCCAAGGGCUUACUAGUGAUAUGGCUCAGUCAGUUGACAGUUUCAGUUUUAUCUAUCUAUCUAUCUAUCUAUCUAUCUAUCUAUCUAUCUAUCUAUCUAUCGCAUUCUCUUCAUUAUCCAUUAUAACUAUUUAUUUCGAGAGCGUAGAAGACAUUGAUGUUUGGACUGGUGGUGUGUCUGAAAUUCCAGUUGAAGGUGGAAGUGUUGGUCCCUUGUUAGCAUGCAUUGCUGGACGCCAAUUCCAGGCUUUGAAAAUGGGUGACCGAUUCUGGUACGAGAACGCCGGAGAAAACCAAUUAUCUAUUGAUUGCCUGAACGCCAUCCGAAAUGUGUCUAUGUCUCGUCUCAUCUGUGACAACACUAACAUCCAACAAAUCCAAGGAAAUGCCUUUAUUGCUGCUUCUGAUGCUGCAAGUUCCUCUACAUCUCUCUUCUCUCCAGUCAACAGCUUUUAUAUUGCUCCUUCCUCUCCAUUCAAUUAUAUUUACCCUUCCUCUCCAUUCAACUAUAUAGCUCCUUCCUCUCCAUUUAACUAUUUUGUUCCUUCCGCUCCAUUCAACUAUAUAACUCCUUCCUCUCCAUUCAAUUAUAUUGCUUCUUCCUCUCCAUUCAAUUAUAUUGCUUCUUCCUCUCCAUUCAACUAUGUAGCUCCUUCCUCUCCAUUCAACUAUUUUGCUCCUUCCGCUUCACUCAAUUAUAUUGCUCCUUCCUCUCCAUUCAAUUAUAUAGCUCCUUCCUCUCCAUUCAACUAUAUUGCUUCUUCCUCUCCAUUCAAUUAUAUUGUUCCUUCCUCUCCAUUCAACUAUGUAGCUCCUUCCUCUCCAUUCAACUAUUUUGCUCCUUUCUCUCCAUUAAAUAUUAUUUCUUCUUCCUCUCCAUUCAAUUAUAUUUCUUCUUCCUCUCCAUUCAAUCUUUUCACGAGAAUGAAUCGUGGUACAGUUUAG